AUGUCACAUCUCAAAAAGAUCCAGGAUAGGACUCCGGUCGAGAGUUUGUCACCUCAGGACAAAAAGGAAAUCAAGUCGCUCUUUGACAGUCUGCCAUUGCCCUCUUCUGACCUAGCUAACUCCUACGCAGUCCCAGGGUCAGCCAAAACUGGAUAUUCACCUACAUUCAGAAAUAGUUAUGUCAGAAACGGAUCGUUGAUCGAGACGCUACAUCCUUCUCUGAGGACUCUGCAUGAGUUGUUCAGUAACUCUGUUCAGUUGUAUGGAGAAAGGGACUGUUUGGGUUCUAGACUUUAUGACCAUGAUGUAAAGGACGGUUAUGACGAUUAUUUCACGUUUGAGAACUACAGGACGAUUUGCGAACGAAAGUCUAAUUUGGGAGCUGGUAUAAUUCAUUCCGUGCUAGAUAACGAAUACAGAAUUGACCCAAAAGACGGCGGUUUUGACCUUGCAGAUUAUAACACCAAUAACUUCAUUGUCAGUCUGUAUGGUAGAAAUAGGGCUGAAUGGGUGCUAUCUGAUUUGGCCUGUCAAACCUACAGUUUACCGGACACUGCAUUGUAUGAUACAUUAGGACCCACAACUUCCGCUUAUAUCCUUGAGCUGACAAAGUCUCCAGUAGUAAUUUGCUGCGCUGAGAAGAUUGAAAAACUUAUUGAGCUCAAGACAAACAAUCCAGAGUCACUCAAGCAUUUUAUCACCAUCAUUUCUAUGGAUAAUCUUGAUUUUCAAGAUUUUUCCAUCAACGACCUUAUAAAAAGAGCCAACAGUGUUCAAAUUAAACUGUUAGAUUUGGGACAAACAGAAGAGCUGGGUAAGGCUUCUCCUGUGGCAGAAAUACCUCCACUUCCUUCGACCAUAUACACUAUUUCGUUUACCUCAGGAACCACUGGAGUUCCCAAGGGAGUAGUAUUGACACACAAAAUAGCCACUGCAGCAGCCACGUUUGCUUUAUCGCAUAUAGGGCUUCCUGACAGCGGAAGAACGCUGAGUAUUCUUCCCUUGGCUCAUAUUUUUGAAAGGCAAGUAUCCAAUCUAGCGCUUGUCGCUGGAGUAGCUUUAACAUUCCCACAUCUCCCAGGCCCAGAGCAUAUUGUUCCAAACCUUCGUAUAAGUAAACCUUGUGCUCUAACUGCUGUGCCGAGAUUGUAUAACAAGUUUGAAAGUGCAAUCAAGUCUUCCCUUCUAAGUGGACCGGAGACAAUUACCCAGAAGCUGGUUUCCGCCAUAAUUAGCCAAAACAUCCGAACUCAAUCGGCCAAAGAUGGGAAUAAGGGCAACAAUUUUAUUUCACGACAAUUGGUCACAAAGAAAAUCAGGGCAUCUUUAGGAUUAGAUAACUGUCAAUUCUUGGUUACUGGCUCAGCACCCAUUGACCCAGAAACGAUGAAGUUCUUGAAGGGAUCUCUAGGAGUUGGAUUUAUGCAAGGUUAUGGGCUAACGGAAUGUUAUGCUGGAAUCUGCAUCUCAUCAGCUUAUCUGAAAGAAAAUGGUUCCUGUGGUGCCAUUGGGAUAUCUGCUGAAAUGAGGUUGAGAGAUGUGCCUGAAAUGAACUAUUUCUCUGGAAAACAACUUGCGGAUGGGUCGUAUCACGGUGAGCUGCAAUUACGUGGUCCUCAGGUUUUCAGCUACUACUAUAAAAGACCCGAUGAGACUGAAAAAGCAUUUGAUAAAGACGGCUGGUUCUGUACUGGAGAUAUUGCUAGAAUUGACAAAAAUGGAAAGCUUUACAUUAUUGACAGAGUUAAGAAUUUUUUCAAAUUAUCCCAAGGGGAGUACGUAACACCAGAGAAAAUUGAGAACAUUUACCUUAGUAGUUCUCCUUUGAUUUCACAAGUUUUCAUUCAUGGUGACUCUCUGCAUUCUUUUUUGGUGGCUGUUGUUGGUGUAGAUGAAACGUUUUUCAAUAAUUUGAGAUCAGUUGACCCGUCAAUCAUUAAGAAUUAUGAACUCAAAUCCACUGAAGACACCAUUGAAAAAUGCAAUGCUAAUAAAGAUUUGAAGAGAUCUCUUCUCUUUCUAUUCAAUAAGAGUGUCGAAAGUGCUGGAUUGUUGGGUUUUGAAAAAAUCCACAACUUUCACCUUGCGUUUGAACCGUUAAAGAUUGAAGACGAUACUCUGACUCCUACGUUUAAACUUCGUAGGGUUCAAGCCAAGCACAAAUUUGACACCGAAUUGGCUAAUUUGUACAAUGAGAAGAGUCUUCUGAGGGAGACUAAGAUGUAG